AUGUUCCAAACCUUGAAAAACGAAUUUCAAAUUUGCGAAGAAAUCGGCCGUGGUAGAUUCGGUACCGUCUACCGCUGCUUUUCUCCGGCUACCGGAGAAUCUUUCGCCUGUAAAUCUAUCGACAAAAACCUCCUCAUUGAUUCCACCGACCGUGAGUGUCUCGAUAAAGAACCCAAAAUUCUUCAACUCCUUUCCGGUAACCCCAACAUUCUCCAUCUUUACAAGGUUUAUGAAGAUGACGAUUUCCUUCACAUGGUAACCGAUUUCUGCCCGAAUAGUGAUUUAUACGAAAGGGUUUCAUCUGGGUCGUUGUCAGAAUCGGCAGCCGCGGCCAUUCUGACUCAGUUGGUUUCUGCGAUUAGCUAUUGUCAUCAUAUGGGUGUAGCUCAUCGUGAUAUUAAGCCGGAUAAUGUGUUGUUUGAUUCUGAGAAUAGAUUGAAGCUUGCUGAUUUUGGAUCUGCGGAGUGGUUUGCUGGUUGUGAAGGGAGGAUGAUGAGUGGGGUUGUGGGUACGCCGUAUUAUGUUGCGCCGGAGGUUUUAAUGGGGAAAGAGUAUAAUGAGAAGGUUGAUGUGUGGAGUGCCGGUGUUAUUUUGUAUAUUAUGCUUUCUGGGGUUCCUCCUUUUUAUGGUGAAACGCCGACCGAGACUUUUCAAGCUGUUCUCAGAGGGAAUUUGAGGUUUCCGACGAGGAAUUUCAGGUCAGUUUCGUCUGAAGCGAAAGAUUUGUUGAGGAAGAUGAUAUGUAAGGAUGUUUCCAGACGAUUUUCAGCUGAACAAGUACUGAGACACCCAUGGGUGAUUAAUGGAGGAGAAACAAGAUCAAUGGCUGAUCUAAACUGA